AGCUUUUGCACUAGAAGGAAUUCAGUUGUGGUGGUUUCUGUAGAUCUUGACCACCCAAAAACAGAGGUUUGUUUCUGAGCAAGGAUGACGUGGCUUCUUGGGAUUUGUACUUUUUGGCUGUUGAUGGUUAUAGUUUUGGCACAGAAGAAUUUCAAUGUCCUGUCGACACGGAAGACUUUCAAUGUGGUGCCAGCACAGAAUUUUAACCAGCGAACAGGCCUGAAGACUGAUUGUCUGGGAAGCUAUAUGAGGCUAACCGUAGAUAAAUCUCUAGCUUUUGGAAAUCAAAUUGAAUUUGAUGCUGUCAAUGGCUCCCAAAUUGAACCUUUAACUCCAAGCCUAGCUGCUAAAUGUGGCUUUUCUAUAGACCCUGAUCCCUGGGGUAACUACAAAGUCUUUGCAUCUCUUCUCAACUGUUUUGCAGGGAAUGAGGAUGAUACUGUGUUUGAUGUUGGCAUGCGCGUCCGGGUGCGUGGUGUCAAAGCGGAACAUGAUAUCUUUGAGGUGGAGAAGACCUGUAACUAUGGCCAAUGGGCCCCCCGUGAAGUUCUUUGUGCUCGGAAUUACAUGGAGGUUUCCGUUAACCGUUUGCCAGAGGAAAUUACAGCUUUGCGUAGGCAGCUUAAGCUGCCCCGAGCAAAAAAGUUUGAUCAGUGGGACAAUACGGUUACUGAGGCCAUUACCUCUAGAUACAACAUCUGGAGGCUGGUGUUUUUCACUCCUAAACAAAAGGCCAUGGUGUUGGAGGAUGCCCUGAGGACCGGAUAUAGCAUAACAACAACUAGGUCUCGAUUGGUGCUACGAAGCGGUUACGACAUGCCAGAGAUCUAUGUGGAAAAUGUGAAUGGCGUGCCAAUGAAGAUCAUCAGGGUGACCACCUACUUCAAGAAACAGUGGUCUGUAACCAUGUUAGAUACUGUUGCUGCAUGUCCAACUGGUGGGCUUUCUUUUACGGAUGAGAUGAUCACCUGGAACUUCCCCCGUUUUAAUCCACUAAUGAGUUCUAGAGAAACCAAUCUCCUUGAGAUGUUCAUGGGAAUAGAUGGAAAGCAGAUAGAUUCUUUACAAAUGGCGGCUAGAGGCUACGUUUUGACCAUCGUGGAUGAUCUAAUCAUAAUGAAAAUGCCAAUCGGUGGACCAGAUGGCUUCUACAAGAGUCAUGUUGUAAAUAACCAGUACCACAUCACAUAUGACAUUGAGCCAAUGCUGGAGUUACUGUGGAGUGACGGGGGCAUGGAUUCUACUAGAUACAAAGUCCUCUUCCCCAUCAAGACCCCUUUUAUGCCUAGACCACCCCACUUUGUUGACUUCACUGAUGUAGACCAAAGGGUGUUUGAUGUACUCUUGGGUCCUUUCCUUUAUGACGUUGAGUUGGUGAACAUUACCUUUUCCACUGGAGUCCUUACUGUGGCAGAGGCCAAUGCAAGGGGCAUUAACAUGCAGGAACAACGCUUUGAAAAUGGCUCCAAGGCAUUUAGACUUCAAGUCCCCUUCACUGACAGUUUUGUUAGAACUCAAGUUGAUCUGGUUGUUAGAGUUUAUACUCUUCGCCUCAUCUAUGGUUUUAUGAUCCUGCCUGAAUACACUCCAUUCUCCUACACAUCCUCUGUUGAUGUAACCCUUCAAGAUGUCAUUCUCCCAACUGUGAGUGGAACCUGUGAUGAGGAACAGUUCCACAUUGUAAUUUCAUUUGGAAACAUGGGCAAAAACUCUAUUAUGAUUGGUAUGCAUGACAUGACUCCAGACCGGAGAGCAGAGUAUGGUGUAAAGGAGAAUGACACCCAUAUGAGCUUGGCAGUGCCUUUCCUUGCAUCUGAUGUUGCAUUUGAGCUGAUGUACGUAUCAUCCUUGAGGGCUCGGAUUGAUGUGCUACUGUGGGAGCCUACAAACAAAUGGACACUAUGCGACUUCUCCCUAGCUUGCAAUUUUCCCAUGACCAUGACUGAUGGCUCUUAUAAUCAUUUCUAUGUAGAGGAGGAUUACCCAGUUGUAAAGUACUUAAGAAGUCCUCUGUUCUUUGAAGUGGCGCUGCUUCAGUCCACUGAUCCUCAGAUAGAGUUAGUCUUGGAGAAUUGUUGGGCCACUCUGAAAGAAGACCGGAACUCUACUUCACGAUGGGACUUGAUUGUGGAUGGCUGUGUGAAUCUGGCUGACCGUUACGAGACGGUUUUCCACCCUGUUGCCCCUAACAGCGUUCCAUACCCAUCGCAUGUGAAGCACUUUGAAAUCCAGAUGUUUACUUUCGUGCAGAAUGAUGUCGUACUUCAAGAUCAGAUUUUUGUACACUGUGAUGCUAUGCUUUGUGAUGAGAGUGAUGGAAUCUGCAAGAGACACUGUCCAUCUCCCAUGCCUUUAAAAACUGGGAAGAAAGUACGAAGAGAGACAACUAAUGUCCAGUCCCAGAGAGUACAGCUGUCAUCAAGAAAAAUAUUGCUCUUAGUCGGUUUUGAUUCUGAGUCUUAAUAAAGUCUCGUUCAAAACA